AUGGUCACUAGGGGAGUCGAUGAGGACGAAGCUUACGUAUGUGACCCCCAGACCGAGGUGCGGCAGAUAUCGCCAACACACAUCUUGCUGCGAUUUGUCAGCCAUGUGUCGCAGAUAUUUCAACCUGCCACCGGGUUUGUGAGUGUGGACGAGCAGGCGACGUUGAAGGGCGUCGAUGUGAUGGACGUCGACGACGGCCUCAAGGAUGAGUACGUGCGACGCGAACUGAUCCGACGGAGGCAUGCGGAGCUCGUACCUUGGCGACAACAUUUAAUGGAGAGGAUGCGCCAGAACGUGACAAAUUGUUAA